AUGUCUCGAAAGAGUCAAGAAGAAAUGCUUAUGGAAUGGUUAGAGAUUCCACUAAGCAGUGAUGAUGAUCUUGAGUGUUUCUCUGACGAUUCCAUUCAAGAUGAGACAUAUGUUGCUCCAGAAUCUGUUGAUUGUGAUAGUGACAGUAGUGACGAAGAAAGUCAAGUACCAGUAAUUAGGACUGAAGAUGUUUCUGGAACAAGACAAUCUGAUGUUAUAAUGAAGGAAUCGACGUCACAGUUGUCUGAUAAUGCUCUGAAACUGCCAUGCAGCAGCAAAAAUGUUACCAAAAACAGCAGGAGUGUGGUUUGGAAAGAUAAACAGUUGAUUAUUCCCGAACUGCAGUCAAAAUUUCAUGGCAAUACUUCGUUACCAGAAGAAGUAAUAAACUUAAAUACUCCAUACCAAUUCUUCAAACAUAUAUUUCCAUCUAAAUUGUUUGAUCUAAUUGUCGAAGAGUCUCAUAGAUACAGUGUGCAGUGUAAUCCUGAUAGACCAAUAGAUUUAUCCUGUGAUGACAUAAAAAAAUUUAUAGGCAUCUGUCUCGUAAUGUCAAUAGUUCAUGUACCUAAUACGAGGGAUUACUGGGGAGAAGUUACUGGUACUCAUCUGAUCAAGACAACAAUGACAGUGAAUCAGUAUGAGCAAAUACGUAAGUUUCUUCACUUCAAUGACAACAGUGCAAUGAUACCCAGGGGUGAAAAAGGUCAUGAUAGACUCUUCAAGAUAAGACCCAUAAUAGAAUUGAUGAGAUCUCGGUUUCAAACAAUACCUGUUGAGGAGUGUGUUUCUGUUGAUGAACAGAUAUGUUCAACAAAGGCUAGAAGUUAUUUGAAACAAUACAUGCCAAACAAGCCUCAUAAAUAUGGAUACAAAUUAUUUGUUAUUAGUGGCAUAUCUGGUUAUGCCUACGAUUUUGAGAUUUUCACUGGAGAUGAAAAUGAACCAGAAAAAGGAGUUACUGGGGAGGAAGAUUGGGAGCAAGUGCAAAUGUUGUAG